AAGAAAAUGUUCUGUUGAUGAGGAAAAUAAGGCCUUUAACUAUAUUAUGCAUGUUCUGUAUUUAUUUCUAUUAGGGUGAAUGUAUUUUUAUUCCACCUGCCAUAUAGAUAUUUGGGAAUAUAUGAACACGCAGUUCUGGCGAUCAGGGAUUUAGUUUCUGUUGUCUUCCCCUCAAGAAACCAGCCCUCUUUUGUAACCACAUGACCAAUCAUACCUGAUAUUCUGGUUUCAUGUUGAAAGAUACGGGUUUAAGACGUACUUUCUCAUUUACCUCAUUUCUGAGCAGCACAACGUCAAGCGCAAAUGUGCUUUCAUUUUUCUAGUUUGUACUUAGUUAGAUUUUUUUGUUAGUUUUUACUUGUAUGAUGUUUCCCACUAGUUUAUGCUAGUUCGGUUUCUUUCAGAAAAAGAUGGCAGAGCAGAUGGAAGAAGGACUAAGAGCUGUUGUUCUGGGGUGGCAGAAAUCUGACAAAGCCUCGGUGAUAAACAGGCUUUUAGGUGGUGAAGUUGCAUCUGACAAACAUUUUGCGAGGUCUGUGAAGAAAGACAGUGACGUGAAUGGAAGGAAGAUAACUCUGAUUAACACUCCAUGCUGGUGGCAGAAUUUUGGUUUAAAAGAUUCUCCAGAGGUUGUGAAACAGGAGCUGGUUUGCAGUGUCUUCUUGUGUCCACCGGGGCCUCAUGUCUUUCUACUGGUCAUUAAUCUCAGUUUGCCUUUCACUGAAGAAAACAGACUCAGCAUUGAGAAGCACUUUAGUCUGUUUGGUGAGAGAAUCUGGAGACACACUAUAGUGCUCUUUACACGAGCCGAUUCACUGAAGGACAGAAACAUUGAGCAGCACAUAAAGAAUCAAGAUCUGCAGCAGAUCAUACAGAGAUGUGGAGAAAGAUAUCACAUCUUUGAUUUCAAAAACAAAAGUGCUGGAGUUCAAGAACUGCUUGACAAGAUUGAUGAUGUUGUGGCAACAAACAGUGGCAAGCAUUUUGAAACAAAUGAUGAUGAGCUACUGGAGAUAAAGAGAAAGAGAGAUGAAAAUAAAGAAAAAGCAGAAGCCAGACAAAAAAUGUUGCAGGACAAAAGAAAACUGCUGAAAGAAAUAGAAGGAUUAGAAGAAGCUGUGGCUCCACUCUCAAAACUGAGAAUUGUCCUGCUGGGUUGGAUUCUGUCUGGGAAGAGUUCAACGGGAAACACCAUCUUCAAUCAUGAAAUAUUUCCGAUAGGAAAAGCACAAAAGGGCACAAACCAUACAGGUGAAGUAAAUGGCAGAAAAAUAACUGUGUUGGACACUCCAAGUUGGUGGAAAUAUUUCUCGUCUAAAUUCAACCCAAAGUUUGCAAAGGCUGCAAUCCUGGAGAGCAUCAGUCAAUCACAACAUAUGCAGUUCCCUCACGCCAUGAUCUUGGUGAUUCCCGUUGACACUUCAUUCAAAACUGAACAGAAAAGAAUCAUUGAAGAGUAUAUGGCCAUUCUUGGAGAAGACGUCUGGAGACACACCAUAGUUCUGUUCACAUGGGGCGACAGGUUUCCAGACAUAUCAAUCGAGCAGCACAUUGAGAGUGAAGGUGACGCCCUCCAGUGGCUGAUUGAGAAAUGCAGGAACAGAUAUCACGUCUUUGACAACUCAGACAAGAAGAACAGAGAUCAAGUCACAGAGCUGCUCCAGAAGAUCGAUGAGAUGGUGGCAGAAAACAGUCUGUUCUGUCUCAAAACUCAAUGUGCAGCAGAAGUGAAAGUCCACGAGACUCAUACACAACAAGACGAGGAAAGAAGUCUGAACCCUGACCAGUUACUGAAACUGAUGUACCAGGAGAUGAAAAACAGGCGUAAAGAGAUCAAAAGAAAGCUAGAAGAAUUGGGGAUGGACUUCAGUGGAUGUAAAGAAGUUGAUGGAGGUAGCAUAGAACAACCUCCAGAUGUGUCAGGUGAUGACAAACUCACAGAGAAGAUAAGGAGAGAAGUAAGAAGAUGGGAAGCAAUUAUAAUGGAUGGGAUGUUGAACAUUCAGAAUCCUGAAGCAUCAUAUGUUUCGGCAGCUCUGAUGUGA